AUGACUAUUACUUUAGACGACGUCGCGACUCUCCUUCACAUAUCACCCCAUGGUGCAACAUGGGAGGAAUCUCUAGCUGAGAUUAAUGUUAAUAAAUGUGCCCAAUAUAGAUUGCAAUGGUUGUGUGAUUUAUAUAGUCGUAUCAUUCAAAUUAACCAGUUUGAGUGUGCGGCUAGAACGUAUCUAUUGCAUUUAGUUGGCAGCACAAUUUUCGCCGAUAAAACACAUACGCGUGUGGAGGCGAAAUACAUCAGUUUAUUUAUUGAUUUAGAUCGUUGUCGAUACUAUUCGUGGGCUGCCGCGGCAUUGGUUUUCCUUUAUGACAACAUGGGAGAUGGGGCUGUCCACGACACUCGACAGUUGGGAGGUUACAUGACCCUUUUACAGUGUUGGAUUUACGAACACUUCCCUAGGAUCUAUAAGCGGGGCGAUAGAGGUGCGGUUCCUGCACAUCUUCCAAGAGCAUUGUUUACACCAUAUGAUGAUGAUCGAGCUAAUCAUUCGUGUGAAGAUAUUUCGAUGUUCUCUGGUUAUCUUCGAUGUGGUGGAGUCUCAGUCCCAUAUUUGUCGGAGCGAUGUCUUCGACAAUUUGGUCGUAUGCAGUGCAUCCCGCCUGAUGUUCCUCUCAGGCCCAACAGUAUAGAUUGGGUGUGGCAGACUACUAUGCAGUCAUCUGUAUCGGCGUUUCGAAGGCUAUAUCAUGUUGCGAGUUUUCCUGGAGAGGUCACUGAGGACUAUUAUCCAUGGUACAUGUCUGUGUCACAUCCUCUGAUCAUUCAUCGGUCUACUGCACAUGCGGGUACAUCCUCUGACCAUCCAUCAUUUGUUGCACAUGUGGGUCCAUCAUCUGCUGCACAUGCUGGUCCAUCAUCUUUUGACCGAGAACGUAGAGCAAUUGAGCUUGUACGUAAAGCCAUUAAUUUGGUAGAGCCGUUUAGUGAAAUUCGUGAGAUUUUAAGUGAGUUAAGUCUUUUGUACAAUAAUUAG